GCCUCCUGGACCACACCUGGAAUGGAAGCGUGGCUGUGAACUCCGGCGCUGGGCAGAGCGGUUAAGCCCUGCCCGGUCCCUUUCUUUUUCUGGUACUAUGCGCCCUUCCUUUAUCUGUAAAAGGGGAUUCAUAGCAUCUAUCUCGAAAGGUGGAGGGGAUUCAGUAAGUAGCGAACACAACACACAGUAGGUGUGAUAGCAAGCUUGGCUGCUUUCCUCCUGGUUUGGGCCUCAGUUUCCUCAUUUGUUAAACAAAGCUCUGGACUGGAAAACUUCCAAGGGUCUCCCAGCUCCAACAGGCUGUGGCUGUGUAGUGAGAAAUGUUUCAGAAUUCCACACAUUCCCACGCCAGCCCCAGUGACGACAUUCCCCUUCAGCUCACACAGACACAAAGGCACAUUCUGUGCAGGAGCCGUGGAAACUCCCGUGAACACAACCCACGCCUGCCACCUAUGACACGCCCGUGAACCUGCUGAGAGGAUGUGCCACGGAGGGUCCAGGCGUGCACCGGCGACACAGAGGCACAGGGUUCCCUAUGCGGAAAUGCUCACAGGGGAUCUGUGCACGUGCCUGCGGAGACAGGUGUGCGCACACGCACAGUCAUGCCGCCCUAGGAUGUACACGGACACCCUGCACGCAUGCCCUGGCGCACUGACGCUCUGGGUACCGGACACAAGCAGAUGGCCCAGAGAGAGCCAGUAGGCGAUGCAGCACAAAGCAGCCAGGGCCGCAACCACUCCCUUCUCUGGCUACUCCCAGCCGGGACUCCCCCUCCGCCCUGCGCGCCCCCGCCGCCGCCGCCGCCGCCGCAGUCCGCGGCCACCCCAGCGCCUUCAGAUCCGCUCUGCGCGCGUAUCAAUCCGAGUUGACUCUCGGGAGCGAGCAGGGCUGGGGGAGUCCGCUCACCGCAGCGGCAGCCCGGCCCCUCGCUGCAGCAGGGGCUGCGGGUGGCCAGGUGGUGCCAGCCCGCAGGGUGGCAGAGAGCGGCGGGGCAGAGCGCCGGGUCAGAGCAGCCGGUGGCCGGAGGCAGAGCUUGCAGGCAGCAUGGCGGGGCUGCGCAUCAGGCGGGGCUCCGGGCUCAGGCUGCUGGCUCUGUCCGCGCUUGGAUUCUGCCUGAUCCUGCAAGUCAGUGCCAAGAGGCCCCCCAAAACGCCCCCCUGUCCACCCAGCUGCUCUUGCACCAGGGACACGGCCUUCUGCGUGGACUCUAAGGCAGUGCCCAGGAACCUGCCGGCCGAGGUCAUCUCUCUGACGCUGGUGAACGCUGCCUUCUCGGAGAUCCAGGACGGAGCAUUUUCCCACCUGCCGCUGCUGCAGUUCCUGUUACUCAAUUCCAACAAGUUUACGCUGAUCGGAGACAACGCCUUCACAGGACUGUCGCACCUGCAGUACCUCUUCAUUGAGAACAACGACAUCUGGGCACUAUCUAAGUUUACUUUCCGAGGACUCAAGUCUUUAACACACCUCUCACUGGCCAACAAUAACCUGCAGACACUGCCUAGAGACAUCUUCCGGCCCCUGGACAUCCUGAGUGACUUGGACCUGCGGGGCAACUCGCUCAACUGCGAUUGCAAGGUGAAGUGGCUGGUGGAGUGGCUGGCACACACCAACACCACGGUGGCCCCCAUCUAUUGCGCCAGCCCGCCCCGCUUCCAAGAGCACAAAGUGCAGGAUUUGCCACUGCGGGAGUUCGACUGCAUCACCACAGAUUUCGUGCUGUACCAGACCCUGUCCUUCCCAGCGGUGUCAGCUGAGCCCUUCUUUUACUCCAGCGACCUCUACGUGGCUCUGGCCCAGCCAGGUGCCAGCGCUUGCACUGUCCUCAAGUGGGACUAUGUUGAACGGCAGCUUCGAGAUUAUGAUAGAAUCCCAGCCCCCUCGGCCGUGCACUGCAAGCCCAUGGUGGUGGACAGCCAGCUGUACGUGGUGGUGGCCCAGCUGUUUGGUGGUUCUUACAUUUACCACUGGGACCCCAACACCACGCGCUUCACCAAGCUGCAGGACAUCGACCCGCAGCGUGUGCGCAAGCCCAACGACCUGGAGGCCUUUCGCAUCGACGGUGACUGGUACUUUGCUGUGGCUGACAGCUCCAAGGCGGGUGCCACCAGCCUCUACCGCUGGCACCAGAAUGGCUUCUACUCCCACCAGGCCCUGCAUCCGUGGCACCGUGAUACCGACCUGGAGUUUGUGGAUGGCGAGGGCAAGCCCCGGUUGAUCGUGUCCAGUAGCUCCCAGGCGCCUGUCAUCUAUCAGUGGAGUCGCACCCAGAAGCAGUUUGUGGCCCAGGGUGAGGUGACGCAGGUGCCUGAUGCCCAGGCUGUGAAACACUUCCGUGCCGGGCGGGACAGCUACCUGUGCCUCAGCCGCUACAUAGGGGACUCCAAGAUCCUGCGCUGGGAGGGCACCCGCUUCUCGGAGGUGCAGGCCCUGCCCUCCCGCGGCUCCAUGGCCCUGCAGCCCUUCCUUGUGGGUGGCCGCCGCUACCUGGCGCUGGGCAGCGACUUCUCCUUCACCCAGAUUUACCAGUGGGAUGAGGGGCGGCAGAAGUUUGUACGGUUCCAGGAGCUGGCUGUGCAGGCCCCUCGAGCCUUCUGCUACAUGCUCGCUGGGGACGCCCAGCUGCUCCUGGCCCCCAGCUUCAAGGGACAGACGCUUGUGUACCGACACGUAGUGGUGGAUCUUAGUGCCUAGCGGGGUGCCGAGGCCUCUGGAUUGGAGGCUGAGGGGGAGCCUCUGUGUGAGCAGCGUGGGUGCCUGUCUGUGUGAAGGCACAUGUAGCUAACCUCAUGCACACACACUCCUGGUGAGCAUGGGCACCAUAUGGACUGGCCCCGGGAGCCGAUCAUGAUGGUAAUUAGCAUGAGGACUUGUGUAUGCACCUGGCAAGCAAGUUACUGGGACCCUCCCAUCUGUGGACGCCUGUGGAUCCCACACCCCAUCUGCAGGCCCCCCUGGAUCUGCUGCCUUCCACAAGCUCUGGCCUGGGGAGGGGGAGGGGUGCUGGGAGGGAGGGUCUUGGGCUGAUCCUUCUGACUCUCCGGUCUCUCCUGUUGGUGCUCCAGGGGUCUGUUCAACCUGCUCAUGCCCCACAUUGCAGCCACACGACAUCCUUUCUACAGCGGGUACACUCACCCACCCUCCUCUCCUCCUGCAUGCACAUGUGGGAUCUGGCCCACGCCCUCAGCCACACGCACACAUACCUGUCCACACCCGUUGCCCUGUGCACACAUGCAGAUCCGGCCCUGCCAAAAGGAACCCGGCCCACUUCCCUUACCUGCCUGUCCUCCGUUACCACAGUCCUCCUCUGCUCACCCCUGGUGUGCCCACCCUGCGGCUGAUAAGGAUGGGAAUGGUGGCAAAACCCCUUUGCCCAAAGCAAUAACAACAACCCUAGCAAACCCAGACGUCUUCCCUCCCAGUGCUGGCUCUUUUCUCACUGGAGCAUUCUUCUCUGACCCUGUCACCAUGGCGGGCAGACUACCCAGACAAAGCCUUCCUGCUUUUCCUUCCUGUAGCCGCCCGCCUCAGACACCCACCCUGCCCCCAGGCUCAGCCCCUCCUUUGCGAUGUGGACCCUGAGCUGUGCUGGAUCCUUUGUCCGGGACCAGAGCUGGCCAGGCCAGGGACCCUGCAAGCACUCGAGUCAUCUGGGCAGGUUCCAGGAGUAGAGCCGGGCUGGAGAGCAUCUUGGGGGCUCUGGCACCCCUCCAGGCCACAGAUGCACACCCCAGGGGCACUGCCUUUCAGGGCAAACUGGGUGGUAGAGGUUUGAGGGCCUGCCCUGUGGAGUGGCACCUGGGAACCAAGCUUCUGCUGCCCCCUGCUGUGCGCUGGGAUAGAGCUGCGAGGUAGUAUGCUGGGGAUAGCGGGUAAGAGGCAGGAGCUGGUGGAGCAGGCACGGGGAGGGGCUUCUGGUGGCAGGAUGCCGGGGCUGGGGGGGAUUGGGGCAAUGCUAUAAUUCACUUGCUUCAAAUAAAAGGUUCCCACCCCAUUGCCAGCUUUCAGGUGUCCAGUGGCAACGGUCAGCAGCAGCUGUUUCAUCAAGAACAUAGCAUGUUGUCUGUCCCUGCUGCUUGCAGGGGCCGGCGUCAGCUUUCAGACCCUGUUCCUCCCUGCUCCCUUCCCUCUGAGGAGUGAGUGGGCACCCCAAUCGUCUGCUGGUGCUGGGGUCAGGAGCUCAUGGUGAUGACACCCGGGGCUGGGUGAGUGUGACUAGUCUCCACCACCUGGGGCUGACUCAUGGCCCGAGUGCUCCUUCCUGGAGAUCACAGUCUUGGGGUCACAGGAGUUUAUCCCUCUGUCAGGUGAAUUCCAAUCAACACGACCAAAAACAAGCUCAGCGGUCCCUCCCCUCCCCACUUCCUCUGGCCAAAUGUCUGUCAUCCCUGCCA